AUGUCUUACUCAGGCUUUACAGAGGAUGACAUUCCUCUAACUAUCAGAAAAUUUAACGAGGCUGACGCAGACGGAAGUGGGGCGUUACAUUUAAAGGAGUUUCGUGAUGUCAUGAAGACAUUUUUGAAUGUUCCGGACGAGGAUUUGGAGGCUCUCCACAUGAAAAUUGACGCAAAUUGUGAUUCGACAGUCAAUUUGGAAGAGCUAAUUGAUUUCCUACUGCUUCAGGACGAGGCAUCAUCAGACCUGGAAAAGCCUUUUCCAAAAGGUUUUGAUUUAACUGCAACAGAUGAGCGCAGUAAAAUUGUAAAAACAGUUUUCCAACCGUAUGCCAAGAACUUAGAUACUAGAUUCAGAAGUUCUGAGGUCAGACCAUACGAGGAGGGUCAAUACACAACGAUCAGCAGAGAUGGAACGAUCAACAUCUGGAGAGAUGGGUUUAAAAAAAAAAAGACAAUGUGUUAUGCCAAAGAUGAGAGUUUAAUACUGUACAUGCAUAAAAAGAGGAUGUACGUGAAUGACAUGGUGUUCAUUCCAGAAUUAGAUCAGAUGGCUGUCUGCACAAACAGCAGAGAACUGUUCUUUUACAGUUUCUCCGCUGGUAAGGUGGAAAUUGAGAGCUGUUUAAUAUUAGAUGACAUCACAGUGAGAUGCAUGAAUUAUGCGACCAACGAUACCGAAAGAAUUUUGUCCUUGGGAGACGAUAAAGGAAAUGUGUACUUUCUUAUGUCAUCUAAUAUUAAAUCCAGCCUCUUCUCUUUAAACAGUGAAGAAAAAGUCAAUUUGAAUGAGUAUCCAACAGCUGAUUUGUUAUACCUUUUAAAAAACAGAAAAAAGGGAUUUUGGUGCUGUAAAAAGAACGUCUUUGAUGGUAUCUGCAGGCAGAUAAAAUAUUUCCCAGCUCUUGACUCUUUCGCCAUCACUGAUGUCUCCUGCACGAAAAUGGUUCUCCUUAGCGCACCAAAGCAAGGCAGUCUGGGGCAAACUACAUUCACCUACAAAUCCCAGAAGGAGGUAUUUACCUGUGUUGAAUACUGUCAUAGCAAUCUGAUUACUGGUGGCAGAGAUGGCACACUGCGACUGUGGUACCCAGGUAAAACAAAAUGUCAUGAAGUUCUCGAAGGUCAUGUCAAGCCAAUCAUUGAUGUUCUAUACAGUGAGAAGGAUGACAUGCUUCUGAGUUUAUCUGAAGACAAGAAUGUACGCGUUUGGAAGGGUCCUCCGUGGAAAUGUGUGCAAAGCUUUGAAGUCCAGGGAUUAAGCUCAACAAUCAGUAGUGUCUGCUAUAACACAAUUAAUAACGAGCUAGUCGUAGCCAGCUCGGACAUUGCAAAAAGUCUUGGCAGAGGGACAGAUGUUUUUCUGAGAUCACUAAAAUCCCACAACAGUCCCCUCUGUUGUGCUCUGUACCACAGCAUUUUCAAACAGGUCGUUUCUGUUUGUCAAAAUGGUCAGGUGAUAGUGUGGGAUUUCAAAACAGGAGACCCUGUUGUGCAAUUCGCUGUCAACACAGACAAGCAAAUUGGGCUGACUGCAAUGUCGUUCGAUCAAUCAAAACGCAGGCUGCUUACAGUUUCGCAGGAUGGCAAAGUCAGACUUUGGAACUUCAACUCUGGAUGCAAACUUUUGGAGCUCCCGGUUUGUUUACCAAAGACAGUGACUGGUAUUAUAUUUAAAGAUGAUCGAGUUUUCAUAGCCGGGUUAAAUUGCAGGACUAUUUUUAACCUGGACCUGGAAGGUGAUGACCACAGAUUCAUGCGGCAUCCUUUUUUAGAAGAUGUUUGCUCUAUGGAUCUACAUGAGGAUAUGUUAGUGACAGCCUCCAGCAGUGGAAAAAUAAUUGUCUGGAGAUUAGGGUCCACAGAAGAUGUAGAGGCGGCCCUCUGGAUAAAUGCCAGUGAAAGUCCUUGGGUACACGUGAUGCACGAAAGUCUUCCAGGAAAGACAGGAAGUCUGCUUACAGGAAUAUCUGCACUAACUCCCAACCCAAAAAGACAACCUAAGGUUACCCAUGUAAACGACAAAUCUGUUAUUUGUCUGAAGAACAGGGAAAACAAAGAAGACACAGCCGCACUUCUAACGUGUGCAGGUGGCUACAUCUAUGCCUGGUCUCUUAACAUCAAGGGAGGUCUGGUUGGAAAGUUUAGGGCGACAGAGGAUGAAAGUGCCACGGUUACCACCAUGACACUUGAUUCAGAGGAGCGGAUAUUACUCACCGGGGACAGUAAGGGAAUGAUUUAUCAGUGGGACAUUGACGGAUUUUGGUCAACGGGAAAGUCACUCAAAGGGCCAUUUGAAGAAACAUAUGGAAGGAGAGUGUCGUUGUGUCCUCCCCCUCUGUUGCAGUCCUGGAAAGCUCACCUUACAGAGGUGGUCAGUGUGAUGUCUGACGAGAAAUUUGAACACAUAAUUACAGCAGGAUUGGACUGCUGCAUUCGGCGAUGGACAAGAACAGGCUGCUUUAAAGGAGUCUUUGGGAGGGACAAAUGGGAUUUAAUGUCUUCCUGCCGUCAAGAAUAUUAUGACCAUGAGCUACUGGAGAGUCAGAACAAGGGAGAAAGGGAAUCUGAAGAUCAUCUGUGUGAGGAGAGGAGUGAAGAAUCAAGUAUCACAGAUGAGCCAGUUGAUUCUGAAACUUUGGAUGAAGAGAUGAUAAGAGAAGGAACAGAAAUCCACUCUAGGACUGAUAAACUCCGUGUGAGGAGACUCAAUAACGAUGAUGAAGACGAAGAUACAGUCAAAUCACCAAAUGUGGGAGACAAAAUCCAGGAACAUCCCCCUCAAGCUCUACUCAACAAACAUGGACAGAGAAGAAUUAAAUAUACAGACCAUACUUCUGACAAAGGCAAACAUAACCCCAAGAUCCAGCAUGAAGACCAGGAUGCUCAAAGAUGCCCUGCUGACCCUUUAAGGAGUCCUACAGGUCUGCAGCUCCAACAGAGGUUUCAGAGAUCAAAGAACCUCCUCAUCCAUGGAGCCAAAAAGGUGUGCAAAAACAGCCAGUGCACCUACUACCGAAAGCUCCAACAGAGGUUUCAGAGAUCAAAGAACCUCCUCAUCCAUGGAGCCAAAAAGCCAGUGCACCUACCACCGAUAGCUCCAACAGAGGUUUCAGAGAUCAAAGAACCUCCUCAUCCAUGGAGCCAAAAAGGUGUGCAAAAACAGCCAGUGCACCUACCACCGAUAGCUCCAACAGAGGUUUCAGAGAUCGAAGAACCUCCUCAUCCAUGGAGCCCACACUGCAGCUGCAGCAAGUGUGCUAGCUACCUGAUGAAAAAUGGAGUGAUAGGCUUCACAGAAAAGAAAAAGUGUUCCAGCUCAGACCUGGGUCAGCAGCAGCAGAAGGGGUCUCAAGGUCAGCAGCUCCACCACCUGAGAAACGUAAGGCCCCAGGGCCGACACCAGCUGAUAUGA